CAACUUCUUUUAUCCCAAAGAAUAUCGCCCCCACUUCAUGGCAUGCAAUUAAUUUCUUUAAUAAAUCAUAUACACACCAAAUAGCCUCGUUUCAGCUAUGGCGGCCGAGAAAUCCGAAGUCGAUGUGGACAUGAGGUCCUCAGACGGCACCGAAAGCCAGCCAGCGCCGAUCGAUCACCAAGCCGAGAAACGGCUCGUCCGUAAGAUUGACAAGUACAUUGUUCCAAUGGUUAUGAUGACCUACCUUCUCUGCUUCCUGGACCGCACAAACAUAGGAAACGCACGCCUCUUUGGGCUCGAAGAGGACCUGAAGCUGCACGGAGACCAGUACCAGAUCGCCGUCGCCGUGCUGUUCAUUCCCUACGUCCUAGUCGAAGUCCCCAGCAACAUGCUGCUCAAAAAGUUCACUCCCUCCAAGUGGCUGGCCACGAUUACGGUUAGCUGGGGCAUAGUGUCCACCAUGAUGGGAAUAGUGCAGAGUUUUGGCGGGCUCAUCGCCUGUCGCCUGCUGCUGGGUUUGCUCGAGGGAGGUCUCUUUCCGGGCCUGACUGUCUACCUCACAAUGUUCUACACAAAGCAGGAACUUGCGCUGAGAAUCGGUUACUUAUUUGUCAGCUCUGCACUGGCGGGUGCAUGUGGAGGGCUUCUGGCGUAUGGUAUUGGGUUCGCAGACGGCACGGCCGGCCUUUCAGGAUGGCGAUGGGUGUUUAUCCUUGAGGGCAUCCCAACUGUUCUCUUUGGCAUAGCAAUUUGGCUGUUUCUUGCCGACAGCCCAGAGACUGCAUGGUAUUUAAAUGACGACGAGAAACGGCUGCUCGUUGCUAGACUUGAGCGUCAGACUGGCUUUUAUCAAGAAUUUGACAAGAAGGACGCCAUCUUGGCCUUCAAGGACUGGAAAGUCUGGCUCUUUGCCGCAGCGCAAUUUGGAGUCAACUCGAUGCUAUACAGCUACUCUGUCUUUCUCCCAUCCAUCAUCAAAGGUCUUGGACACUGGACUGCCCCGCAAUCGCAAGCACUCACGGUGCCAUGCUAUAUCCUCGGGGCUAUCAGCUACCUCACCGUGGCAAAGCUCUCCGACAUGCAUCAACUUCGAGGCGUCUACCAGAUCGCAUUUGCUUCAAUAUGCAUUGUCGGCUACGGGAUAUCCCUCGCUAACGUGGGAUCUGCCGUCCACUACUUUGCAACUUUUUUGAUCUCGCUUGGCCUAUUCGUGGCGGUUGGAAUCCCUCUGGCAUGGCUGCCCUCCAACAACCCUCGAUAUGGCAAGCGUACAACGGCGACUGCGAUCCAGAUUAUGGUUUGCAAUUGUUCGGGUAUCGUAGCACCUUUCCUUUAUCCAACCUCGGAUGCUCCACGCUACGUAAUGGGUUACUCAGUAUCAAUUGCAUUGUUGGGCUAUGGAAUCCUCAUCUACGGCUUCAUGUCGCUGUAUCUAAAUCACGUUAACCAGCGGCGUAAGGCAGGCAAGGAAGACCACAAAAUUGUUGGAUUGUCAGAGGAGCAAAUUAAUGCUCUAGGAGAUAAGAGUCCAAGGUUUGUGUAUACUAUUUGAAUAGCUACUAGUUCCUAGUUAGCCGUGUUUUAUAGUAGCCUACCGUUGCCGAG